GGGCUAUUACAUCCGCGCCCGAGCUGUGGAUCACUGUGUUCGCGACUUCCUGCUACGGACCCAAGGCUGCCCUCGGGCUCAGAUCCUCUCUUUAGGGGCUGGCUUCGACUCCUUGUACUUCCGUCUGAAGGACGUGGGUCUCCUGCAUCGCACUGUGGUGUACGAGGUGGAUUUCCCAGACGUGGCAUGUCAGAAGGCCACUCUGAUCAGAAGGACGAGGGAGCUGUCAGUGCUGGUGGGCACCGUCGGGGAGGAAGGGUCAGGACUCGUUGCCUUUGCUGGGGAGGAUUAUAAGUUACUGGGAGCGGAUCUCUCGGAGCUGCCUGAGCUGGAGAGAGCCCUGGCGGAGGCAGGACUGGAGCCUGGAGUCCCCACGCUCCUCGUAGCAGAGGUGGUGCUCGCCUACAUGGACAGCAGCAGGUCGGAUGCCGUGAUUCGGUGGGCAGCGGAGCGCUUCCCUCGGGCGUGCUUCCUGCUGUACGAGCAGACGUGCCCGCAGGACCCCUUUGGCCGUGUCAUGCAGCAGCAUUUUAGCCAGCUCAACUCCACGCUUCGGUCUUUGGCGCAGUACCCCGACAGCGAGGCGCAGCGCAGGCGCUUUCUUGCGAAGGGCUGGACGGAGUGCAGUGUCAUGGACAUGAACGAGUUCUUCACCUGCUGUACCCCACAGGCUGAGCAGCAGAGGGUGCAGGCUCUGGAGCCUUUUGAUGAGUAUGAGGAAUGGCAUCUGAAAUGUGCUCACUAUCUCGUCCUGGCUGCGUCAAGGGGGAUGGAGCCUUCCUGGACUCCGUUGCUGCCCACUGUGACAGCUCCUCGGGACGGGCCUGUGGGGCCGGCUGGGACCAUCCCCGCAGCAGCAUGCGCACUGCGCUCCGGAAGCUCCGGCCUGAGGCGUUACGGCCACCGCUGUGUCCUGAUCGAACCCCACGUGAUCCUCACCACCGGAGGCUUCGGGGAGCAGGAGGGGCGGCACGGCCGCAUGCGCCGUGUUCAUGUGCUCAUCAAGGACGCGGGCCGCUGGAGAGCGGGCUGCCUGAGGGAGGGACGUCCCGAGGAAAGCUGGG